CGAAACCCUUGUGCGGCGAAAGGUCGGAAAUAAUUGAGAAUAUGAAAGUCCGUAAAAUUGUUAAUUUUAUGUAAAUUGUUCGUUAUGAUCGUGUAAUACCGCUAGUAAAUUCAAGAAUGUCAAAACAGGAAGAAAAAGCUCUCUUAUCGAAGCUGAACAAACUGUCGUUGAAAGACUCAAAAACACCUGCGAAAAGAAAUGGAUUCAAAAACAGACCAAUCAGCUCAGACGCGUUAUCGGCCGAGGUAACGAACCGGAUAGCGUUAGACUGCGAAAUGGUUGGCAUCGGAGCUGAUGGCAAAGAGCACAUGCUGGCGCGAGUUUCUAUCGUAAACGAACGAUGCGAAGUCAUCAUCGACCGUUACGUAAAACCGCAAGAAACCGUAAUAGAUUAUAGAACUGAAAUCAGUGGCAUACGACCCGAACAUAUCAAACAUGGUGUAGAAUUUUUGGAGAUACGCGAGGUAGUUAGACAGAUUAUCCAUGGCAAGAUACUAGUGGGACAUGGGCUCUAUAACGACCUCACGGUGCUAAAUUUGCGACAUCCUAAGUACAACAUUCGUGAUACGGCCCGGUACCGACCAAUAGCGAAAAAGGCUGGUUCAUUUGGGACACCUAGCCUGAGAAGCAUCACGUACGCACUUCUAGGCGAAGAGAUUCAGGAUGGGUCGCACGACUCAGUGGAAGACGCCCGAGCAGCCAUGAGGAUAUAUUUGCAGUUCCAGAAGGAAUGGGAAAAGAGAACACUACCCGCUUGGGUAUACGAGACCAGCACAUAAAUGGACGAUAAUCCAACCCUGAUCUGUGGAUUGCCUCACACGUUUUAGAACAACACUUCUCAUACACACAGGCGAACGCUUUCGGAAUUGUUGCUCGUUCUGUGAGAUUAGCAUGUAAUUUUCAA